CUCAGUUAACUCUUGAACAAGCAAAACCCUCUUUAUAUUUUCUUCUUCUCCGAACUUCACACAAAACCAAAAGUAGCACAGAGACUCAUCGAAGAAGAAGAAACAACCAAAUCUUCAAAACCAAAAUCAACAAUCGUUCAACAAAAUGAGUAGCAUCGGAACAGGCUACGAUCUAUCCGUCACUACUUUCUCUCCUGACGGUCGCGUUUUCCAGAUCGAGUAUGCUGCCAAAGCCGUCGAUAACAGCGGGACUGUUAUUGGGAUCAAAUGCAAAGAUGGAAUUGUGUUGGGUGUUGAGAAGCUUAUUCCUUCGAAAAUGAUGCUUCCCGGUUCCAAUAGAAGAAUACACGCUGUUCAUCGCCACUCUGGAAUGGCUGUAGCAGGAUUAGCUGCAGAUGGCAGGCAGAUCGUUGCGAGGGCUAAAUCUGAAGCAAAUAACUAUGACAGUGUGUACGGUGAUCCAAUUCCUGUUAAAGAGCUUGCUGAUCGCGUGGCCAGCUAUGUGCACCUUUGUACAUUAUAUUGGUGGCUCAGACCUUUCGGCUGUGGUGUCAUACUAGGUGGUUACGACAGAGAUGGACCACAAUUGUACAUGGUUGAACCUUCUGGUGUCUCUUAUAGGUACUUCGGUGCUGCAAUUGGAAAGGGCAGGCAGGCUGCGAAAACAGAGAUUGAAAAGUUGAAGCUUGCUGAUUUGACCUGCAGACAGGGAGUUAUUGAAGUAGCUAAGAUUAUAUAUGGAGUUCAUGAUGAGGCCAAGGAUAAAGAUUUCGAACUUGAAAUGAGCUGGGUGUGUGAGGAAUCAAAUCGUCAACAUGAAAAGGUCCCAGAGGAGCUUCUAGAAGAAGCUAAGACAGCCGCCAAAGCAGCUCUUGAAGAAAUGGAUGCAGAUUAACUGAUCAAAAUCAUAUAUCCCAAAGAUGUAUUUCAUUAACUUGUAAUAGAGCAUUGAGAACAUCUAUAGAAAAUUCAUAGGCUUUCAAAAUCGGAUUUUUUGUUUGCUUCUUGAUGAUUCAAUGCACAUGAUGAUUUCUGCUGCUGUGAAGAACUGGUUUAAACUGAUUUAAAGACUGUUCUUGUCAAUUGAUUAGUGUUGAAUUUUA